AAGCUUUUAGUCUUGUAGCAAUCGAGGGAGAAAUAAGAAUACCGAUUUAGUCCCCAACCCAGAAGAUUAGGCCUAUUUCCAUGGCUCUGUCUAUGCCUUUGCCUAUACCCUUGCAUACUUCUGUCCCUAAAGUCAUUUUAGCUGGACGUAAGCUACCUCCAUCAUCUCGUAUCCGCAGCUAUGCUUCUUCUCAAGUUCAAUCCAUGUCUACCGUCGAAAUGUCUGAUCAGACAAUUGCUAGGCGGUCUGCAGAUUACCAACCUCCCAUCUGGAGCUUUGAAUUUAUUCAGUCACUGAAAACUGAAUUUGUGGGAGAAGCAUAUAGCAGACGUAGGGACAAGUUAAAGGAAGAUGUGAGAGUGAUGCUACAGAAGGAGGUGAAUGAUGAGGAUCAACUCGAGCUCAUCGAUAACUUGCAAAGGCUUGGAUUAUCUUAUCAUUUUGAAGAUGAAGUAAAGAAAAAUCUGGACAGAAUAUACAACAAGAAUCAUGGAAAUUAUGGGCACAAGAAAGACAGUCUAUAUGCUAUAGCUCUUGAAUUCAGAAUCCUAAGACAACAUGGGUAUAAUGUAACUCAAGAGAUUUUCAAUGGUUUCAGAGAUGAGAGUGGAAACUUUAAGGCUUGUCUCGGGGAGGAUUACAAGGGAAUGCUAUAUCUGUAUGAAGCCUCAUUCCAUUCAAUGGAAGGUGAAAGCAUAUUGGAUGCUGCAAAAGCUUUCGCGACCAAACAUCUCAAAGAAUAUAUUAAGGUUAACCAAGGCAAAGAUAUCCAUCUUUCCACACUGGUGAGUCACGCCCUGGAGCUUCCGCUUCAUUGGAGGAUGCUAAGGAUGGAAGCAAGAUGGUUCAUAGAAGUUUAUCAACAAAGUCCCCUUGUGAACCCCAUCUUGCUUGAUCUUGCUAAGUUGGAUUUUAAUCUGGUGCAAGCAACCCACCAAGAAGAUCUAAAACAUGCAUCAAGGUGGUGGAAGAGAACAGGUCUUGGGGAAAAGUUGGGGUUCAUCAGGGAUAGGUUGGUGGAGAAUUUCCUAUGGCCAAUUGGGGAGUUAUAUGAGCCUUAUUAUGGAUAUUACAGAAGAAUGGCGACACAAGUCAACACACUAAUAACAACAAUAGAUGACAUUUAUGAUGUCUAUGGAACACUGGAUGAACUUGUGCUUUUCACUGAAGCUGUUGAGAGAUGGGAUAUCAAUAGAAUUGAAAAUCUCCCCGACUACAUGAAGUUAUGUUUCUUUCAGCUGCACAACUCUAUAAAUCAAAUGGCUGCUGACAUUUUUAGGGAACAAGGACUAGACAUCCUUCCUUAUUCAAGAAAAGUGUGGACAGAUUUAUGUAAAACUUAUUUGUUGGAAGUUAAGUGGUACCAUAGUGGAUACACACCAACUCUACAAGAGUACCUUGACAAUGCAGUGGUUUCCAUAGGAGCACCUAUAAUACUACAUUAUGCUUAUGCUCUUGUUUCAAAUCAAAUAACGAGGGAGGGCUUGGAAUGCUUUGAACGGGAGUAUCCUAAUGUCAUUCAUUGUUCUUCAUUGCUAUUGAGGCUUGCAAAUGACUUGGGAACAUCACCGGACGAGAUGAAAAGAGGUGAUGUUCCUAAAUCAAUUCAAUGUUACAUGAAUGAAACUAGAGUUUCUAAUGAAGAUGCUCGUGAAUAUAUUUGGUAUUUGAUUGAAAUAACAUGGAAGAAGUUGAAUAAAGAACGACUUGAAAUCUCUUCUCUUCCUCUGACAUUGAUUGGAACUGCAAUGAACCUUGCAAGAAUGGCUCAGUUUAUGUAUUUGUAUGGAGAUGGUCAUAGUUCUCAAGAUCAAGUGACUAGAAAUCGCAUUUUAUCUUUGGUUGUGAAUCCCGUUUCCUGAAGUGGAAUGGCUUUGCUACAUUAAUUUUCAGCAAAGGUAGACCAACUUCACAAGCAAGUUUUUGCUACGUCAAUAAUCAUUGGAGAUGACAGAUACUUCUUCUCUUGAAGGGGAAUGGUAAUAUAAUUUAAUUUUAGAC